CUUUCAACUUGGAGACUUGCAGACUUAUGAUCUCAAUGCUGGAUAGGGAUAUGUCUGGCACACUGGGAUUUAAUGAGUUUAAAGAACUCUGGGCGGUGGUCAAUGGCUGGAAGCAACACUUUGUAAGUUUUGACAAUGAUAGAAGUGGUACAGUGGAUCGUCAAGAACUGGAGAAAGCCUUGAUGAACAUGGGAUUUAGACUGAGCCCACAGGCAGUGACUGCAAUUACAAGGCGAUACAGUACUCGUGGAAAGAUUACAUUUGAUGAUUACAUUGCCUGCUGUGUGAAACUCAGAGCUCUCACUGAAUGUUUUAGAAGAAGGGAUACAUCUCAGCAGGGUUUUGUGAACUUCCAGUAUGAUGAU